AUGAGUGAACAGCAAGGGUCGCUAGGUUUUGCAGGCCUUGGGGCCAUGGGUUUUGGCACGGCCUCAAACCUUCUGAAAGCUGGCUUUCAAGUCAAUGGCUUCGAUGUUAACCCAACUGCCUUGGCUAACUUCAAAGAGCUUGGUGGUUCUACGUCUACAACCGCCGGUGAGGCUGGUGCUGGCCAAAGCUUGUUCCUAAUCAUGGUCGCAACGCCUGCACAGGUUGAUUCUGUCAUCUUUGGAGCCGAUGGGAUUUUGAACACUCUGUCCGUGGGAGGUGUGAUCUGCUUGUUGAGCACCCUUCCCCCAGUCUACGUCUUGAACUUGUGCGUUCGACUGCGUGCCGCCGGAAGGCCAGAUAUUAAGCUUGUGGAUUGCCCGGUAUCAGGCGGUGUUAUCAUGUUGGGCGGAAGCCAAGAAGAUUUGGAUCAGGUCGACCCUGCACUCCAGGCAAUUUCUUCCCCUGGUAGACUCUUUAGGUGCGGCCCUUUGGGAUCGGCCAGCAUUGUCAAAAUGCUUAAUCAACACCUUGCAGGAGUGCAUAUUGUGGCUGCUGCCGAGGUCAUUGCCUUCGCCAAGGCUCUUGGUCUCUCCUCUAGGGAGGCAUACGGUAUUCUGACCAAGAGCGAAGCUACGAGCUGGAUCAUGGGCGACCGAGGUGUUUCAAUGCUGAAUGCCGACUGGUCUCCCAAGUCUGCCGUCAGCAUCUUUACCAAAGACCUAGGAAUCGUCAACGACACCGCCGAUCAAUUGUCUGUACCUUGCCCCAUUGCUUCUGUUGCGAGAGAUGCCUUUCUUGAGCGCGCUGGUCGUGGUUUCGGCCGAGACGACGAUGCUAGUGUUGUAUGUAAUUACGAAGCCAUCACUGGAAAGCCCGUCGCUGAGCCCAAGGGCCAAGCCUCUCUACCCUCGCCUCCUUCAGAGAGCCACGGCGAUGUCAAGGUGAUUUUCCUCAUCAAAGAUAGUGAUAACGAACUCCUCAGCCUUUCUACUGCCGCUGAAAACAAAGGACUCAUCCACAUUUCGGAGAGCUCGAAUGAUCUGGAUACGAGGCUUCGCGAGCUACCUCAGGGAAGUAUUGUCGGGGUUUCUGGCAUUGAUAGCGAAUUAUUGGAGAAAAUCAAGACAAAGCACGCUCAGCUACAGGUUUUUGACUACCAAACCUACCAAGCGUCAGAUUCUUCAGAUCUUCAGGUAAUCUUUAGCGCGGAGAAUGAGAACGUUGUCUCAGCGAUUAAAGAAGUCCUCCCCCGGCAGGUCAGCCCAACCAGAAUUUCUGGUCCCGUAGGAUCAGCAUCGUCUAUGUGGCUCGCCAUCCGCCUCGGUUCACUAGUUCAUCUCGUGGCAGCCGCUGAAGCCUUUAGCCUGGCCAUUGCCAAAGGGGUCUCAACAGAGCUUAUCUACAACUUGAUCUCUGGGGCUGCGGGCUCUAGCGACCAGUUUAAUCAAGAGUUCCCCAAGAUGAUGAAACGGGACUUCUCAAUAACAUCAAACGUCAAUUCCACGUUUACGAAUGUGAUGAAAGACCUGGCCAUUCUUCAAAAGACAAUGAAUAAGAUCAAUUACCCAGGUCGCUUAUUUGGAGCUGCUUAUCAGACUUUCAAGAGUGUCAACCGCACAUUAGAGGACAAGGAAACUUCCGCGGUGGCAGUGGUCGAUUUUUGGACACCGAAAUCGCCCGCCUCAUAA